AUGUGGAGCGAGACGAGUAGCGAAUGGAUCGGUGUCACCACGCUGCAAUCGGAUACCUGUGAUGAUUACGCGAAAUGUGGUGGAUUUGGAGUGUGUGAAUUUGGUCAAGUGCCGGUAUGUGGUUGUUUGAAAGGGUUUGAGCCUCGGGUGAGGGAGGAGUGGGAGCGGUUUGAUCGGUCGGGCGGAUGCAGUCGCAGCGUUGCGUUGAAUUGCAGCACAGAAGCAGGGUUCAGGAGGUUUUCGAGGGUGAAGGUUCCGGAUACUUCUACUAGCUCUGUGGUUGAGAAUGUGGGGAAUGAGGAGUGCGAGGCCGCGUGCUUGAGGGAGUGUUCGUGUGUGGCGUAUGCUCGGACGGAAGCUACCGGGUGUGUGGUUUGGUCGGGGGAGUUGUUGGAUAUCAGACUGUAUGGUGAGGGUGGACAGGAACUCUUUGUCAAGAUGCCUCUCUCUGAACUAGACUCGAAAAAUUCGAAGAGAGGCAUUGUGAUUGCAUCAGUAUCGCUGGCUGCAUUCGUAGUGGUGUUGGCACUCGUCCUCUGGGUAGGGCUGCGUAAGCGUAUCGCAAAGAAGAAAGCGGGUUUGGCGGAGCAGCAAAAUGAUGGUCCAAAUGAAGAUGAGAAUGCAAGAGUAGGAGAUGAUGAUGAUGAUGUUGAUUUGCCUCUAAUCGACUUUUUUACAAUAUCAGCUUCGACAAAUGAGUUCUCGUUUGCUAAUAAGAUCGGGGAAGGUGGUUUUGGGUCUGUUUACAAGGGCGUUCUAUCGAAUGGCCAAGAAAUAGCGGUCAAGAGACUGUCUCGAGACUCUGGACAAGGCCUACACGAAUUCAAGAACGAAGUGAUCUUGAUUACUAAACUGCAGCAUAGGAAUCUGGUUAGGCUAGUGGGAUGUUGCAUUCAUCAAGAUGAGAGAAUGCUGGUUUAUGAGUACAUGCCCAACAAGAGUUUGGACUUGUUCAUCUUUGGUCAGUCUCUUUACUAUGUAUUUGCUUUUCUCUUAGGAAUAUCCUCAAACUCCUUCAAUCUUCCUAGAUCAAAGAAAGGAUACAUCUCUAGAGUGGCCCCCACGCUAUGA